AUGGCAGUGGAGAAAGAAAUCCUGGAACACCAGAAAAUCACAGCAGAACCACUCAAGAAGAACAUCUCAGAUCUUGAACGGAAAGCUCUAGCGGAACUGAAAAAGAUGACCAACGUCAUCAUCAAACCCGCAGACAAAGAUUCGGCCGUAGUGAUAAUGAAACGCGAGGACUACAUACAAGAAGCCCUCAGACAGCUUAACAACAAGGAUCACUACAGAAAAGUGGACCACUGCGUCUCGGAAGAACACGCCACCAAGAAAAGGGGUUACGAAGAGACCCUACUGGACGCCGCCAUCACUCGUGCACAGGAGCGCUCCCGGGAAGACACAUUACAGAAAAAGACACCCACAGCACCACAAGAUCGCACAGUCUUGGUAACAACAUACAGUCCACACCCCCCGCCUCUUCACACCGUCAUCACGAAAUACUGGAACCUGGUCCAACUCUCAUCAAGAACAAGGGACAUCUUUCAAGACCCACCUCUGGUUGCAUACCGCCGCAACAAGAACAUCAAGGACAUGCUGGUAAGAGCCCGAAUCCCGAAGGAGAACAGAAACCUCUUGGAAAAAUUCGUUCCUUCGGGCUCCUUCCCGUGCGGAAAGAAUGGGUGCACCAACUGCGCCUAUGUCAAAAAGGCGAACAACUUCAAAAGCCACCGCACGGGUAAGUGCUACGCCAUCAGGACUCACAUCAAUUGCCAGAGCAAGAACAUCGUCUACUUGAUCCAAUGCAAAAAAUAUGGCGUACAGUACGUGGGUGAGACCAAACAGACACUGGCCAACAGACUGAAUAGCCAUCGGUCUGCCAUCAAUACAUGUACAAAGAAGGACACCCCGGUCUCAGCCCACUUUAACCAGACACACAGCAUGGGAGACCUCGAGAUCCUCGGGAUCGAGAGGCUCUGCUACACAGGCAACGAAGAUCUCACCAGACAGCGCCGACUACAACGAGAAUCCUACUGAAUCCACCAGCUCAGAACUCUACACCCAGACGGCCUGAACCAAGAAUCCCUAGAAAUCACCAGGGUAUGAAGAGCACCAAGAACUUCGUCGUGACCGGCACCCCGAAGAACAUUUUA